CUUGAAUUUAGUAAAAGUUGCAGACAGCCAUCGACACAGUCGCUUUAACAAACACAAAACAACCAAGAUAUGAGCGGCUCUAACUCUCGAAACAAGACUGCAGCCACAGUCAAAGGACCGGACACUGAUAUCGGCCCAACUGCAAAUUCAAGGGAGCGAAAGUCCAGUGGAGGUGUACUGAAGAGACUCAAAUCGCGACGAAAUCAAACCGAUAAACAGCGGCCUGUUAUUACAGAAGAAGAGCUAAGGGCGCUAGGAAGACACAUCACACCGGACGAAGUCCUUGGUCUGCGUGCUGUUACACGGGAUUAUCUAUGUAAACCUGAGGACAAUGUCUACAAUAUUGACUUCACACGUUUCAAGAUUAGAGAUCUGGAGACUGGGACAGUGCUCUUUGAGAUUGCUAAACCGCACAACUGUGACCCUGAAGAUGAGGAAGAAGAGAAUGGAGACACCAGUGCUGGACGCUUUGUGCGGUAUCAGUUUACGCCGGCCUUCCUCAGACUGCGGACUGUUGGUGCAACUGUCGAGUUCACCGUGGGGGACCGGCCUGUUAACAGCUUUCGCAUGAUAGAGAGGCAUUAUUUCCAGGAUAAAGUUCUCAAGAACUUUGACUUUGACUUCGGAUUCUGCAUCCCAAACAGCUGCAACACUUGCGAACAUAUCUAUGAGUUUCCCCAGCUCCCUGAUGACCUCAUUUGCCUAAUGGUGGAGCACCCGUAUGAGACCAGGUCAGACAGCUUCUACUUUGUGGACAACAAACUGAUCAUGCACAAUAAGGCAGACUACGCCUACGAUGGGGGCGAGUAGUGCCUGAAUAUUAGCGUCUUGUGUGCAAUGCAACGCAGCGGUCACAUUGCCCCAGAACACAACCACAAUAUAGCCCUUUUGGGAACAGGUGUAUACUUCCUCCACUUCAGACAUUCCAACAAACUUUACCAGCCCCAGGUUUGGGGAAACAGGACCAUAUCUGCCUUCAAAACAAGUUGAUCGUUUAUUUGUUACCUCGUACCCCUCUGUUGCUGGGACUCAUAGGAGACUCUUGUCAAUCACUCUUUUGUAAUGUUGAACAUGUUUUUCUUUUUAUCUUUUUGAAUGUUUUCACGUUUAAAUGGUUACUUUUAACUUCUCUGGGAUAUGUUGGACGCUAACAUCCCACUUGGCCAAAAGCCAGUAAAAAUGCAGAGCGCCAAAUUCAAAUAAAUUACUAUAAAAAUCA